AUGACUGCUGUAUACACAUCCUCCGACUUCAAGUCCCUUAUCGGCGACAUGCCCAACGGCGAAGUUUUGCGACUAGCGCAAUAUUUGAAUGACGUACGACUGCCGCUACAGACACGAUCCGAGAAUGGCCAACAUUCGCGACUACUUCAACUUCCACAAGAGUUGAGGGAUAAUAUUGUCCGCGCAGGCCUGCCAGCCGCUAUCAGCGUCGACCCUUACGGCGUCUCUCAAGAGACCGCAACGCCCGCCUGGUUCCAAGUCUGCAGUCAAAUGCGACUGGAUGCAGCCAAGGUCUAUUUCCGCACGCCAAUCCAGCUUCCAUAUCUCUCGGACGAGAAAUUCAAAGGAUGGGUUGACUCGAUAGAUGUCAGCUACCGUUCGUUUGUGCGGAGCAUCCAGAUUGAUCGGUUCAUCCCGGACCUCGAUGGAGCGAUCGAGUACGCACGUGGAAAGGAUACUUUGGGUGGAUUUCGUCCUGGGACUAUCUGGGCAACGACCAGCUUCGUCGAAGACGACAAUGCUGUUACUGUCUGGAUCAACGCCCGUGGACAGACUAAGCCUUAUUCAGAUGUGUGCGCGCUUGAACUCGAACACAAAUCCGGCGACAGCGAAGAAUUCAACUGCUGGGAUUGA